CCCAUGGCUGCUCCCUCUCCUAUAUAAAGAGGGGAGAAGCAAGGGUGCUAGGGGUCCAAGAACAAAGAAACCCUAGCCACCAUCCUCUCUCUGUCCUUGCUCCUGUACCGGCUUGGCGAAGCCCUGCAGGAAAUCUUCUCCACCACCACCACCACCACGCCGUCGUGCUGUUGGGAUUUCGAGAAGGAUCUACUUCAUCCGCUGCCCGCUGGAACGAGGAGAGGACAUCUUCAUCGACACCGUACGUGUGACCGAGUACGGAGGUGCUGCCCGCUUGCAGCACUAGAAGGACUACAUCUCGAACUUGAGUUCGGUAAGAGUAUGACUACAUCAUCCACGGGAUUUGAUCUCGUUAACACUUUGGAUCUUCAAGGAUCAUGGCGUCCCCCUCCAUCAGUUUUUACCAGUUCCUAGAGAAAGAAAAGCUUAAGAGCAACGGUAGCAACUUCACUAACUGGUUCCGUCAUGUGAGGAUUUUCCUCGCUGGUGGAAACCUGCAAUAUGUGCUCGAUGCACCGCUAGGUGCCCCACCGGCAGAAACUGAAUCCGAUGAAGUAAAGAAUGUUUACCAGACUCGGAAAAUUCGGUACUCUCAAGCUCAGUGUGCCAUCCUGUGCAGUCUGGAAGCCGAUCUUCAAAAAAGUUUUGAGCACCACGAUCUGUAUGAGCUGGUCAAUGAGCUGAAAGCUAUUUUUGAAACUCAUGCGGUCGUGGAAUGCUAUGAAGUAUCGAAACACUUCUUCAGUUGCAUGAUGGAAGAGGGUAGCUCCGUUAGUGAGCACAUGCUCGCUAUGUCCGGGCAUGCGAAGAAACUCAGUGACUUGGGGAUAGUGAUUCCUAACAAGCUGGGGAUUAAUCGUGUCCUCCAAUCACUGCCACCUAGUUACAAGAACUUCGUGAUGAACUACAACAUGCAGAACAUGAACAGGGAGUUACCUGAACUCUUCUCCAUACUGAAAUCUGCUGAGGUUGAGAUAAAAAAAGAGAACCAAGUGUUGAUGGUCAACAAGACCACCAGUUUCAAGAAGCAGGGCAAGCCUAAAAACAAGGGCAACUUCAAUAAGGGCGGCAAGAAAGUUGUUGCGCCUCCGGAGAAGCCUAAGGCUGGCCCUAAGCCUGAUACUGUGUGCUACUACUGCAAGGAGAAGGGGCACUAGAAGCGUAAUUGCUCCAAAUACUUGGCUGAUCUGAAGAGCGGCCUCAUCAAAAA